AUGGCUGCGGAUGCAGCGACACAGCAGGAAGGAGACGCUGCGUCUUCUACGUCUCUACCCCCUCAACAUCAAGACGAAUAUUCUGUAUUUGCUCGUUUGUCUGGAGGAGCAGGAGGAGGAAGCAGCAGAGAAGCACAAGAUGCUGCUGCUGCACAUGUAGCAGAAGAAGAGGUGGCGGAGGUCGAGCUUACAAGCACAGGCAGUGCUGAUGCGGCUGCUGCUGCUGCUGCUGCCGGUGCUGCUGCAGCUGCUGCUGCGGGUGGUGCUUCUGGUGCAGGGAGCAGCGCAGCAGAGGGAGCGCACCGCCUUCGGGGGAGGCAUGGUCGGGGCAGCAACAGCAGCAGCAGCAGCAGCAAGACACACAACCCUGGGGGGGGCCGCACCCGUGGGCGAAGCCGCAGCAGUAGCGGCAACAGCAGCGACAACAACAGACUAGAGCGCAAGACACGGAGGGCUGACCGCAACUAUCGCAACAAGCUGAGGGUAGCAAAGAAGCAGCCUCCUUUCCCCAAGCUGCGAAGGUACUUGCGACGUUGGGCAAGACGCCCUGAUCUUGCUGCUCAGCUUCUUCUUACGGUUUUUCUCAUCUUUAUGGUUGCUUCUUUGGGGCUACGCAUUGCAGCUAAAGCAAAUGUUAAACUCCAAUCCACGCCCCCCUUCCUUUUCAUAGCGAAAGAUACCCCUACAUCCGCAGCAGAAGCAGCAGCAGCAGCAGCAGCGGCAGAAGCAGCGGCAAAGGCGCGUGAAGAGGCUGCUACCCCUGCUGCUGCUCCACUGAAUACGCAUGUGAGUCUACUAGAUGAAGAUUUAGAUAGGAUGCUGCAGGGCAUAAAGAAAAAAGCAAAAGGGCUGCAGCGCACCUGGAAAAAGAUCCCAGAGUGUGCAAAGGAAGCAGCAGCAGAAAAUUUUUUGCCUCCAACAGAUGGUGAAGCAGAUGACCCCAUGGCUAUAUUUAAGGGCAUUGCUAGUGCAGCAUUCAACAUGACGAGGCCCCCUUUACCUGAGAGCUUUCUAGAGAAAUACAAACGACAGCAGCAGGAAAAACUCAAAGAACAAGCUGAUGCUGAUGCUGAUGCUGAUACUGGCGAAGGAACAAAGACGGAGGGGCGUGCAAUAGGAGGAAAAAAUAGGAGAGGAAUAGACAGAGGAAGUGCAGUUAAGGGAGAGACAGCAGGACACCAACAGAACAAAGACAAAAGCAAAGGAAUAGACAUAUUGGGGCGCGGGAGAUACAAACAGGCAUGGAGAAAAGAAGAGAAGGAGAGAAUUGCAGCAAUAAAGGAAGGAAAUCAAUUAGAUACAGAGAGUGGUGGAACUGGCGGUACGCCCGAAGAGUCAUUGACUGCAGAGGAGAAGGCUCUGCAGCAGCAGCAGCUGGCGGAGAGGGAGAAAUACGCCGUGACGCUGCUAACGCUGUGGUGCUGGCUGGAUGCAACCCAUGCUCGCUUCGAGGGUAUAUUAAAAUCCUACGCCGUCGCAAGUGCUCGAGGAGUGUCGUGCGCUGUGCUACAGAUACCAGGGCGUGCUCUUCCAACUCCUAACAGCUAUAAGAACAAACCUGGAAGCCAGUUAGUUACGUAUGAUUAUGUAAUAGACAAUGUGUUGUCCCAGACAGACAAGAAAGACAGCAGCAAAGACAAACAGAUGAAGCAUCAAGAAAAAAUGGUCAUUGUUCAUCAGGCAGAGGAUCCACAGCCUAAGCAUGUAGAUGAAGAAGAACCGGAAGCCGAGGAAGCAAAAAUUCCUGUCGAUCUCGCUAAACGCAUUAUCGACACUGUUACUCAGCAGCAGCAGCAGCAGCAGGUGAAGGGGGGGGAGCAGCAGCAAAAGCACCAACAAGGGCAAGAGCCCAGCAAGACGGAUCAGCAGCAGCAGCAGGAGGAGCAGGAGCAGCAGCCGCUGCAGCAGGAUGUUCUAGAAAAGGUGGAGGGUGACCGCACUCAGCAACAGCAGGUACCUGCUUUUGCAACAGUCGGCGCUGCAGCAGCAGGUGCUGCAGCAGUAGGUGCUGCAGCAGCAGGUGCUGCAGCAGCAGGCGCUGCAGCAGCAGGGGCUCUAGCAGCAGGUGCUACAGCAGGUGCUGCAGCAGCAGGUGCUGCAGCAGCAGGUGUUGCAGCAGCAGGUGCUGCAGCAGCAGGUGCUACGGCAGCAGGUGCUACGGCAGCAGGAGCCGCAGCACUAGGUGGUGCAGCAGCAGGUGCGGCAGCAGGAGACGCAGCAUCAGCAGCUUCUACAGCCGCGCCUGCUGGUGCGGCAGACACAACAACAGCCGCAGCAGUAGCAGCAGCAGCAGCAGCAACAGGAGAUGCUGCUGCAGCAGAUAUGAGCAGCACGCGGCGGAUGGUUUUUCUUCUUGCAGCUUCUUCUGCCCCCUCCAGCACUUCCUGCCUCUCGCUUCUUAUAUGA